CAGGGCAGCCGGUUAAAGUGCAGGAUACACUGUGACAGAAACACAUUGAAACUGUGUCUAUAAGCCAGCUGCGUCCUAGUGUGGACCCCGCUGUGCUUUUUAUCUCCGUGUCUGUCUGAAAUUGUUAUUUUUGACUGGUCGACGCUGUUUGUUUGUUAGUUAAUUUAUUUAAUCGUUAAAUCUUAAUUAUUAAUAGGUUCUGUAGCGAUGGAUCAGUCAACCGUCUACCCUGUGAAACUGUACGUUUACGACAUGUCUAAAGGAAUGGCCCGUCAGCUCAGCCCCAUAAUGUUGGGGAAACAGCUUGAUGGCAUAUGGCACACUGCCAUCGUGGUCCAUGGUGACGAGUUUUUCUAUGGAGGAGAAGGUAUUUCCAGUUGUCAGCCGGGUGGAACGAUGCUUGGUGCCCCCAACACAGUGGUGGAUCUGGGAACUACAGAGGUGACAGAGGAGAUCUUCAUGGAUUACCUCACCUCGCUGGGAGAGUCCACCUACAGGGGGGAUCGGUAUCGCCUGUUUGAACACAAUUGCAACACAUUCAGUAACGAGGUGGCCCAGUUCCUGACGGGGGCAAAGAUCCCAGCCUACAUCACUGACCUCCCCUCCGAGGUGCUCUCCACGCCGUUCGGACAGGCUUUGCGACCGAUCCUGGACUCGAUUCACAUCCAGCCUCCUGGAGGAAACCACUUCAACGGGCACUACGGCCAGAGAUAGAGGAGCCAGACCCCCCGCAGACAAGAUCAGAGGAAUAGAAAUAUAUACAUUUGAAAUAUAGAGAAUUAUAUAUAUCGUGUACUGUACCACUACCUACACGUGCAGGAUUUUUAUGGACUUAUCUCAUCAGGGUUUUUUAAACCUUCUCAAAACCCUUCUUAUUCUCUCUCUUCCCGCCCAUUCAUUUUGUAAUAUUAGCUAGAGCAGGGGUGUGAAACUCCUGGAGGGCCCCAGUGUCUUCUGGCUUUCGUUCCACCCCCAGCUCUUCAUUCACGGGACACAUUUCACACCUCUCUCCCAGGCCUCACAAUGUUUCACAGGUCUUGUACCUUGAAUCAAGAGCAUUUCUAUAGAUCAUCAUCAGCUGUAAAAAUAUUAAACACGUACAAUUGAACAAAUAAGAGAUCAAUGAAGUUAAUUGAGAGCUGAAGUUGUAAUGACAACCAGAAGACCCUUCAGAGGCCCUUGAGGACUGGAGUCUCACCCAGUCCUGGGGUUCAGAACUCCCUCCCCCUGUUCAGACCAUGAAACAGCAAAGCUGAAAGUAUUCCCAGUACAGUAAUCAUUGAGAGUCAAACACUAGCCCUGUUGCUGCACCCAGUCCUGGGCUUCAGAACUCCCCUAAACAGAGUAUAUUAUUAUUAUUAUUAUUAUUAUUAUUAUUAUUAUUAUUAUUAUUAUUGAAAUGAUCAGGAGCCAGGAGUUUGAGCAGGGUUAGAAACUCACACUAGCCCUGCUGCUGGCCUCAGUCCUGGGGUUCAGAACUCCCCUCAAAGAAGUCUAUUAUUAUUAUUAUUAUUAUUAUUAUUAUUAUUAUUAUUAUUAUUAUAAUGAUCAGGAACCAGGAGUUUGAGCAGGGUUAGAAACUCACACUAGCCCUGCUGCUGCUGCUGCACCCAGUCCUGGGGUUCAGAGCUCCCUUCAAUGAAGUCUAGUAUUAUUAUUAUUAUUAAUAUUGAAAUGAUCAGGAGUCAGGAGUUUGAGCAGGGUUACAAACUCACACUAGCCCUGCUGCUGCACCCAGUCCUGGGGUUCAGAGCUCCCUUCAAUGAAGUCUAGUAUUAUUAUUAUUAAUAUUGAAAUGAUCAGGAGCCAGGAGUUUGAGCAGGGUUAGAAACUCACACUAGCCCUGCUGCUGCUGCUGCACCCAGUCCUGGGGUUCAGAGCUCCCCUCAAUGAAGUCUAGUAUUAUUAUUAUUAAUAUUGAAAUGAUCAGGAGUCAGGAGUUUGAGCAGGGUUAGAAACUCACACUGGUCCUGCUGCUGCUGCUGCUGCACCCAGUCCUGGGGUUCAGAGCUCCCUCCCCUUGUUCAGGUAUAGUAUUGAACUGAUCCUGAUCACAGCAUGAAUACGCCUCACCUGUGAGUCUGCAGGUUUACUAACAGGAGCUGUUCAUGCAGCUACAAAGGAGGAACAAUAUGUUUAAGAUCAAACUCCUGAUCAUGUCAAUAACAGACUUCAUUGAGGGGAGUUCUGAACCCCAGGUUAAAAUCAAGCACUUUGUAAACCCCACCGAUCAAUAUCCCCAAAACAUUUGCAACCGCCCGAGUGUUAAAUUGAGAAAUCAAAUGAGCUGUGAUUGUGACGAGCAGAAGCUUUUUCCUGCGUGUGAUAUUGAUAGACUGGUCUGAAACUCACGAAGGGGACGGGAGAGAAAAGCAAGUGUGAUCAUUUGCACUGUAUCUGUGUAUUUUUACCCUGUAUCUGUAAUGAAGUUGGAGUCUCUCUUGUCAUGUUCCAAACCUCAUUUUGUUGUAAUACAGCAAUGGGCAAACGUUUAGCAUCCCCCUCUAUAUAGAAUGAAUUAAUUUAGCUUCAUAAAGUCGAAUUAAACCUGCUGAAUAAUGUUACGUUAGCACUGAAUCACACACCGCUUUGUAGUUUUUCCAGUUAACAAAAGAAAAACUUGACAUUGAAAAAUGUGGCAUUUCAAAAUCUAACAUGAAAUACUACUGUACAACUAUUGAGGCUUCCGGUAGACUCUUGCAAUAUCAUUUUGUUUCUUUAAUUACAUGAUAUUAAAUAAUAAAAGAUCUGAAUUCUUUCUCAAUCCUAAAAUUCUAGGUGAUGCAAAACUUUGGGCCAGAGCUGUACAGUCUUCGAAACGAAACUCACGACAGCCAAUUUGGGAAAGAUUAAAUCUGUCUUCACUGACCAAUCAGAGUCCUGCUUUACUGGAUUUCUUCCAACCACAACUUGUUGCCAAGUCAGUUUUUAAUUUAUUUUUUGUGGUUUCAUUUUAUUUAUUUUUUUUAAUUUUUUUUUAUAACUUGUUGACUUUGUUCUGCAGUGAUGUUUCUCAUUUUAAGGUGAAUAUUUUGUUUUUAUACCGGCUUGAUUCGAACCCUGUGCCAUUUAGGUGUGGUGUUUCCUGGUCUUUUAUAAUAAACUAACACUUAACUGUC